GGGCUGUGGGAGGCGGGGGCGGUGCCUGCCUCCGAGGCUCUGGGUGCGGUUGGGACGCUCCUUCCCCCUGCGUUGGCGGUGGGUUUCCUUUCGGGGGGGGGCUCUUCCCCCCAUCCUCGAUUCCCGCUUUGGACUUGGUGGCCGAUGACGUUCCGUCUCGUGGAAGGCGAAGCCCGGGUUACUGCCACAGCCACGAAGCCCCGAGCAUUUAGCACUUUGGGGAAGAUGCUACUCGCCUUUUGGGAACUUGUGUUGGAGCAGCCAGGGGGUGGAAUAUUUGCAGGGGUGAAGCGGCCUGAGGGUGUGAAUCGAGGCCAGUGGGGGAGCAGAAAAAGCAGAGCUCCUCCAGGCCACAGAAGAAGCCCGACUUUUGAGGGCACUGUCUUCUGGAGCCGUGUCAGUUCCAAAAGCUCCAGUCCUUCUCUGAGAGGGAGACCAGGUGAUGGCAGCCAUGCUCCUGACAGCCUGGCCCCAGUAAAUAUUGAUAUCCAGACUGACAAUAAUUUGACAGAGGAAAUGUAUGAAGAAAAACAUAAUACAUCAUUUGACCUUCAAAGGAACUCGUCCCAGGAAACAGACUUUUCAGAAACCUAUAUUCUAGAGAAACAGCAGGAAGUCCACUCAGUAGGAAGUAUGGAGAAAGAAAACAGGAGUGUCAUUGAUGGGACAGUGAAAGACGAUAUAAGCCCCAUGGAGGAGUGUUUCUUUAGGCAAAGUCCAAACUUGAAUCAGUGUCAUACCAUCUCUGCUGGAGAUCAGCCCCCUGAGUGUACAGGAUUGGAGAAAGCCUUCAGCUUUGACACAAAACCUAUUCAACAUGAAAUAAUUAAUUCUGGGGAAAGACCUUUCAAAUGUGAAGAAUUAGUGGAAAGCUUUAGGUGUAACUCUCAACUUAAUCAGGAUCAAGAUAGCUACACUGGGGAGAAGCCCCAUCAACCUAAGGAGUGUGGCAAAGCCGUUAGCGUUAAUGCAAAAUUAAUUUGGCAUCAAAGACUUCACAGUGGGGAGAAGCCCUUCAAAUGUGUAGAGUGUGGAAAAAGCUUCAGUUACAGUUCCCAUUAUAUCACACAUCAGACUAUCCACAGUGGGGAGAAGCCCUAUCAGUGUAAGGUGUGUGGCAAAGCCUUCAGCGUUAAUGGGAGUCUGAGUAGGCAUCAGAGAAUCCAUACAGGAGAGAGGCCCUAUCAGUGCAAGGAGUGUGGGAAUGGCUUUAGCUGCAGUUCUGCAUAUAUCACACAUCAGAGAGUCCACACUGGAGAGAAACCUUACGAGUGUAAUGACUGUGGGAAAGCUUUCAAUGUUAAUGCAAAAUUAAUUCAACAUCAGAGGAUCCACACUGGAGAGAAACCUUAUGAAUGUAAUGAGUGUGGGAAAGGAUUCAGGUGCAGCUCCCAGCUUAGGCAGCAUCAGAGCAUCCACACUGGAGAGAGACCCUAUCAGUGUAAGGAGUGUGGAAAAGCCUUUAGUAAUAAUGCAAAACUCAUUCAGCAUCAAAGAAUUCACACAGGAGAGAAACCCUAUGCAUGUACUGAAUGUGGAAAAGCCUUUGGCGUCAAAGGGAAGUUAAUCCAGCACCAGAGAAUCCACACGGGUGAGAAACCCUAUGAGUGUAAAGAAUGUGGGAAAGCCUUCAGGUGUAACUCCCAGCUUCGGCAGCAUCUGAGAAUCCACACCGGGGAGAAGCCCUAUGAGUGUAAUGAGUGUGGAAAGGCCUUCAACGUUAAUGCAAAACUAAUGCAGCACCAGAGGAUUCACACUGGGGAGAAGCCCUUUGAAUGUAAUGAGUGUGGGAAAUGCUUUACUUCUAAAAGAAACCUAGUUGAUCAUCACCGAAUCCACACUGGAGAAAAGCCUUAUCAGUGUACGGAAUGUGGGAAAGCCUUCAGCAUCAAUGCCAAACUAACUAGGCAUCAGAGAAUACACACUGGGGAGAAACCAUUCAAAUGUAUGGAAUGUGAGAAAGCAUUUAGCUGUAGUUCUGACUAUAUUGUACAUCAGAGAAUACAUACUGGAGAGAAACCCUUUCAAUGUAAGGAGUGUGGAAAAGCCUUCCAUGUUAAUGCCCAUUUAAUUCGGCAUCAGAGAAGCCACACUGGGGAGAAACCUUUCAGAUGUGUGGAGUGUGGCAAAGGCUUCAGCUAUAGUUCUGACUGUAUUAUACAUCAGACUGUCCAUACUUGGAAGAAACCCUGUGUGUGUAAUGUGUGUGGGAAAGCCUUCAGGUUUAGCUUCCAACUUAGUCAGCAUCAGAGUGUCCAUAGUGAAGGAAAGUCCUAAUGAGAAGGAUGUAGAAAACUGUCAAGGUUAAUGCUGAACUAGAUCAAGUAUCCUCAGAUUCACCCUGGUGGAAAACCCUGAGAGAGAAAUGGAUAUGGCAGAGUCUUCACAAGGAAACAAAUCUUUUCCAUUUUAUUCAAUUUUAGAUCAAGAAUGACAACCAGUUUUAAAAUAACAUCCAAAAAUAAAUAGUUUGUUUUAUACCAACAACCAAUAGAAAAUAUAAUGAAAGAAAAUAUCCCAUUCCCAACAGCAUCAAGAAAAGUUGAUUUUCUAGAUAUAAACUUAGUAGGACCUAUGUGGAGAAAUUAUAAAUCUCUGCUGAGGGGCACAAAAGGAAAGUUAAAUAAAUGGGGGGGAGAGAGAGUGAUACCUUGUUCUUAGAAAAACUCAUAAAGAUACUACCUACCUAAAUUAAUUUAUUGCCCUUUUACUUUUGACAACAAGCAUGCAUCACUUUUGUAAAGAGGAAAAACAAU